GAGAAGGAAACAACAGCCGGAAUCGUCAAGGGGGAGAAUGCAAACUCGAGGUCAAAAAAUAAAAAGGUCUACCAAGAAAUCUGUUCAUGUGCCACGAUUGGAACUUCGGCGGAAUAGCGAGUGACGCACACAACGCCAUGAAGACGUGGCGUAUCAUUCUGUUAGCGCUGUUGGUUCUAGCUCUGCGGACGGGCGCAGAAGAAGCCACGACAACAAAAGCGGCUGAAAGCACAGCUAAGGGAUCGACAGAAGCAGCUGGUUCUGAGGUAACAACCAUUGAGACCCCUGAUGAGAGAAAUGGCACGGAGGGUAACUCAACCGUGGAACAAAGAGGAAUCUUUCCGGUAGGCGGUUUUGGAGGGGGUUAUGGCGGCGGUUUUGGAGGAGGUCAGUUCGGGCAGGGAUUUAAUGAAGGCGGUUAUAAUUCAGGAGGAUCCCACGGCGUUUCCAGCUACGGCUAUAACCACGGCGGAUCUAACACUAAGGCAUUUGGCAACAAGGAGACAUACGGCUCAAAAGAGUCUUUCGGUUAUUCGUCGGAAAACUCACACGCGCAGGGUGCCGGCCAUCAAGCGCAUGGCUCACAAUACGCGGCAGGCGGAGGCGGUUCGGGCUAUCAGCAGGCAGGUUAUGCCGGAGGUUACGGAGGCGGCCAUGGAGGCGGUUAUGGAGGCGGCCAUGGGGGUGGUUUUGGAGGCGGCCAUGGGGGCGGUUAUGGAGGCGGCCAUGGGGGCGGUUAUGGAGGAGGCCGCCCCGUGGGGGGUGGUAGUGGUGGCUAUAUUGCGAGCGCAGGCCAAGGGGCCUACAGUGGCGGGGGUUACGCUGGCGGCGGGGCUUCAUACGCACAAGGUGGAAGCUACAAGCAAGGCAGCAGCUACUCGCACGGUGGAAAAUACGCAGCAGGAGGCGGAUCUCAUCACGCGGGAGGAGGAUAUUACGGCGGACAUGGCGGGGCUAAUGGCGGAGGUUACAAGCUGAUUGCAGUAAUUCCGAUCGGCGGAGCGAGCUACAAAGGAGGCGGCGGUUAUGGAAGCGGUGGUGGUUACGGAGGCGGUUACGGAGGCGGUUACGGAGGCGGUUACGGAGGCGGCUACGGUGGUGGUGGCGGCGGCUACGGAAGUGGAGUCUAUAAGGUUGCUCAAGGCAGUGGUUAUGGUGGGGGUAGUGCCAGUUACGCUGGAGGUAGCUACUCUGCCGGAGGUGGUCAGGCAGCAGCUGGUGGUUUUAAACAAGAAGGAGGCUUUAAGGAGGAAGGUGGUUUUAAGCAGGAGGGUGGAUAUGUGGUUGGAGGUGGUGGAGGUGGAGGAGGCGGCGGAGGCGGCGGAGGCUUUGUUCCUGGCGGCGGAGGAUUUGCCGCUGGCGGAGGUCAAAGUGGAGCUUAUGCAAAUAAUGCAGGAGGGGGAGGUUUUGUUGGCGGCGGAGGAUAUCACGGAGCUGGUGAAUUAGGCGGACCUAUCGGUGGAGGAGCCACUAUCGGUGGGGCUCAAAAAGCAUUAAGCUUUGCUGAAGGGGCAAAAACUGAAGGUGCAGAGUCCGGCCAGGCGGCGUAUAAGUAUGAUCAUGGCGGAUCGUCAACGAAGACGUUUGGAACAAAGGAGACCUUUGGCAGCAAAGAAUCGUUUGGUUCCGAGAGCAGUUCUGCCCAUGCUCAGGGUUCUGGACAACAAGCUCAUGCCUCUCAAAGUAGCUCCGGAUCAUUCAGCUCUGGGCCGGUUGGCUAGGUUAUACAAAAAAUGUUCGAGGUCAAAGACUUUCGAGUCACUGAGAGACCCACUCCUAGCGGAUCAUUUUGAAUUGAGGAACAAAUUCAACUGUGAUCGCGGUAUCGCAUACAGCAUGUAAUUACUGCUUUUUUCUCUAAUAAAUGCUCACCUUUCAGUUGUUAUAUCAUA